UUGAAGCAUGGGUGGAGGGAUGAUCAGUUACGCCACAAAGGAUUUCCUGUUUCCUGCAUGGGCGUUCAUUUUCCCCGAAAGCUGUUUUUUUUUUGUCUGCCUAAAUCAUUUUAACUGUCAGAAUCCUCUGUAGAGCCAGCUGUGAGCCAAGAUCCAACUUAUCCAGUCAGAGAGCUGGACUUCCUCUGGUUCUUCCUGAUUCCCAUCUUUCCUCCUCCUGGAUGCUGAUCCAGCAUGCUGCCUUUCAAGACGCUGACCCUUCUCCUGUUCUUACUGUCACUGUGUGAUGCAGGCAACAUGUGUCCUCCUGAGUUCAACCCUCUCUUCCUGAAUCCCCCUGUGGUCAUUGCUGAAUAUGGAAAAGACAUCAAUGUAAACUGCACCGAUAUGGAAACUGGUCGUAGAGAAAUGACCCUAGUGUUGGGAGAUGAUCAGGCUCAAAGUACAGUUUUUGACAGUUUUGUUUCCAUCACGACUUCACUGACUGACUGGAACKCAACGGGAGAGUGCAAAAUAAAGCUAAAUGAGUCUACCGAGUGCAGCGAAGAGAUUGAAAUUAUAACAUAUAAAAUCCCAGAUGUCCUUCUUUCUGUAAAAAUCAAACAUAUUUUGAUCGAGAAGACAACGUAUGAACUGCAGUGUGACGUCUUCAAUGCCGCUCCCAUCCAAAACCUCACCAUCGAGUGGUACAAAAACAAUGAAAUCAUAAAUGUAACGUCUUUCUCUGAAACAGUCAGAACACCAGUAAAUAAAUCCAGCAAUUUGGAAAUCGAUGUCAGCAGAGAGGAGAAUAUUGUCCAGUUUAGAUGUGAAGCUCAGCUCAACUUUGACCCAGAACCACAACAUUCUGUUGUUUCUCGAACACUCAGCCUCUCAGCACUCGAUGUUSCUCUCACCACUGAGCCUGGAAAUAUAACAGCCCCUGCAGCCACGCCCAGCCCUGAGRCACCACCACUACAAGUAGGAGUCCCAGUUGCCCUUCUGUCUGUAAAAUCUGAAAAGGUUCUCAGUGAGAAGACAAACUACGAACUGCAGUGUGACGUCAUCAGUGUUCCUGUCCAAAAUCUCACCAUUAAGUGGUACAAAAACAAUAAAACCAUGGAUGUAAAGCAUUUCUUAUACACAACCAGCACACUGGUAAAUAAAUCCUACAUUUUGGAGGUCAACGUCAGCAGAGAGGAGAAUAUUGCUCGSUUUAGAUGUGAAGCUCAGCUGGAACCUGAACCAGAAGACGCUGUUGUGUCUCAAACGAUCAGUCUCUCUGCGCUCUAUGCUCCUGUGUUUCUGGUGAACCACAGUAAUUACAUCACGGUACACAGGGGGGAUAAUAUGAGCCUGAGCUGUGAGGCUGACGGGAACCCUCCUCCUGAAUAUCAGUGGACAGUCGACGAUGGCGUGGACCUCUCAGAGAACUCAAGUGAACUCAGUGUAGUUAACGUUGACCGUAGUGCAACCUACAGCUGCACAGCCAGCAGUCAUUUUGGAAAUAUAACUUUGAGCAUCCAAGUUCACGUGCCGCCAGUGGCCAGAACAUUCCCUGCAGAUGCUCCUGAUCCUGAACCACAGUCCUGCRAUCUUACAAUGACGCCCUCUGAAGUUGUUGUGGAAUUUGGAGAUCCACUUGUAAUUAACUGCAGCACGUCUAGUGCCGACAUUGAUUUUAUGGGCUGGGAGUCCCCGUACGGUGGAUCUCAGAAAAAAUCUUCAACAGUAACUUUGAACAUUACGAAACUAGAAUAUUGGGCUUUUGAGCCUUUUUGUUUUGCUACUAAAGUGAAUGGAAAUCAGUGUAUUAGAAACCCAAUCAUCCAUCUUUAUAAGACUCCAGAUUUUGUUUCAGUCUUUUCAGACAGUCCUGGUCCGAUGGAAGAGGGCUCAGCGUACCGGCUGCAGUGUGACAUCUACAAUGUGGCUCCUGUGUUUGGACUCAAAGUGAAGUGGCACCAGGGCAAUAAAACCGUGUUCACAGAUGACCUAAAAUACACAAAUAAGGCUAAUACACUUCCAAGUAAUUUUCAGUCCAACCUGACUUUCACUGCUAAGAAAAGUGACAAUGGAUCGCUUUUUAGAUGUGAGGCUGAGCUGCAGCUCGGACCUAAAGGACCAGAGUUUGUCCCCUCUGUAGUCUCAGAACCUCACCUUGCUGUUGUACUCUAUAAACCCCUCAUCGAAGACUGUCCACAGAAGACCACUGUUGAAGAAAACAAAUUCAGUCUGAAUGAUCUGUCUUGUAAGAUUGAAGGGAACCCACCUCCGGCUGUCAAAUGGUACCGUGAGGGUAAACUGAUCAACUCUUAUGAGACUCUGAACAGGACUGACUCUGGAACAUAUGUGGCUAAAAUUACCAACAGUAUGGGCACGAGCACACACUCUGUUUUCAUCACAGUUGAACACGGUCCCAGCUUUGAUUGUAAGAUGCAAUACGUGGUUGAGGUGAAUGAAAAAGGGAAAACUCUGUGUGAACCAAAAGGAAUUCCUUCUCCCACCAUCAGCUGGUUCAAAAACGGAAAAGAGGCAACUUUCCCGCAGCGGUGGACAAAACAUGACAGUGGAAACUAUUCGCUUUACGCACAAAACAAACAUGGAAGUGCCAAGCAUGAAUUUUAUCUUGAUAUUUUGUAUGCACCUGAGUUUACGGAGGAAAACAUCAACAAGACCUUGAUUCCAGGUGGGGAUGUGACUUUCAGCUGCAGUGCUGAGGGAAACCCGAGCCCUGAGAUCAGAUGGAGCUACAAGCCUGCAGACAACCUGAAGGAAACCGGUGAGGGGCGCCAGAGGAUCAUCACCAUCACAGGAGCCACGUCUACCAAUGUGGGCCUUUACAUCUGUGUUGCCACGAAUAAAGUUGGGAAAGUGACAAGAACAGUCACACUGGCAGAGAGAGACAAAACCAAUGCAAUCUUCAUUUGGCUACCGAUUCUACUGGCCAUCCUUAUUAUUUUGUUGCUUUUAUAUGUUUACUCCUGCUACCGCAAGAAAAAAUGUGGACGUUAUGCAUUUAUUCCGAGCACGGAUAGAUCCUCUCUCCCCAUGACUACAAAAUCUGCUGCAGAGCAACCAUUCAAUGCAAACAGCAGCCUUUAAAGCUAUUUAUACUUUUAAAUAAACUGUAAAGCAGCUUUUUAUACAGAAUAUUUGACCAGAUUUCUCAUGUUCUCAUGUUGCAUUUCAGUACCUUUUUUUUUUGCUGUCAGAUUGUUUUUUUCCUUCUGUACGAGUGUGUUUUGUUAGAAUGUAAAAACUUGAAUUAAAAAUUGAUCAUUGUGAGUUAUCCAAUCUUUAGAAAUUAGGACAACUAAAAGCUGAUAUACCUCACUGAGAUGAAAAUGUUUUUGUCAACAUGUAUUUUCCAUUUAACAAAAUAUGACAAUCGUCUAAUUUAAAUGUAUUUUAAAAACAACGCUUAAAAAUAAUAAAAAGCAUUUUUGUUUAAAAUCAAUAAACGGUGAGCCAUCGUCUUAA